UCACCUCAUAUCCAAUGGCUUCUAUACUAAUUGACUUGUCCUCAAAUGAAGCAACACUUGAGAUCUCCAGAAAAUUUUUUGAGUACAUAAAAGAUCGUAAUAUUAGCCUCAAUCCUCGUAUGAUUCAAUCCAGGUUGAAAAGUGAAGUGCUGUAUGGUGAUAUGGAAACAGCUGAAGAAUGUUUCAAAGAAUUUGACAAAGUGAAAUCUCCCAUUGGCCCUUUUUCCUGGAAUUUGUUAUUAAGUGGUUUUAGAAACCAUGAUGACCCAGAAAAAGUCAAAGAAUAUUACCAAAAAUUUCUCGACUAUUCCAUAACCAAACCGGAUUCCUUCACUUACCUAUUUGUCUUUUCAGCGUAUCUAAAUCACCAUCAAAAAUACAGAAAAGAAAUCGAAGAGCUAAUUGAUGAAAUGUCGAAACCUUCAUUCAAAACUUUCAUUGGACAAAUGGUGGUGAAUCUCCAACGGUGCCAAAAACUAGGCUUUGAUGUGCCCGAUGCGUUAAUCGACAAAGCUUCUCAUUCCUCUCAGCGUAAAUGAG